AUGGGAAGUGUCAACGACCACAUGCAGCCCAUGAGCGCGACGGGCAUCAACAUGCUCAUUGUCGGUGCUGGCAUCGGUGGCCUUUCUCUGGCGAUCGAAGCCCACCGCAAAGGGCAUACUGUGCGCAUUAUCGAAAAGCGAGCCGAGCUUUCUGCGUUGGGCGACACGAUUGCGCUCGAGUCCUCGGCGAUCCGCACAAUGCUUAGGUCGUGGCCGGGCUUCGCCGAACGCGCGGCUGCGGUUUGCAUCGACCCAGGGUACAACUUCUACGCGGAAAACGGUGACUAUCUUGGCACAUACUCGAUGGGGGACCCGGACCUGCCGCCCAUCUUGGCGCACCGGAUCGAAUAUCACCACUUGCUAUACGACUAUCUACGCGAACUUGGGAUCGAAGUCGAGCUCGGCAAGGCUUGUGCCGACUAUUUCGAGGAAGAGGGCUACGGCGGCGUCGUUCUUGAGGGGGGGAUCAAGAUCACGGCGGAUGUCGUUGUGGCGGCGGACGGGGUGGGAUCGUCCUCGUGGAAGUUGGUGGUGGGUAAGCCUGUCAAUGCUGUGCCUAGCGGGUUUGCUAUCUACCGCUGUAAUUUUCCUCUGGGACCUGCCUUGGAGAGCAGCUCGAUGUUGCGCGAUAGGUAUGGACAGUAUAAGACGCGGUUUGAAUUCUUUCUGGCCCCGCAUGGUGUCCUCGUCUUUUCCUUGACACCUCGCAGAAUGUCUUUUAUGCUGGGACAUCCAGCGAGUCUCACCUCGUCAGAGAAAUGGGCCGGCACCGUUGACAAGGCUGAGUGUCUCCCCUUUGUCAAAGGCUGGGACCCUAUCUGUACUGAGAUCAUCAAUGCUGCACCGCCCGACAGCAUCAUAGACUGGAAUCUUGUGUGGCGUGAUCCCCAAGAAAAUUGGGUCUCUCCAAAGGGUCGAAUUGUCCAGAUCGGCGACGCAUCACACCCAUUCUUGCCAUCAGCAGGUUAUGGAGGCACGCAGGCCCAAGAAGACUCCAUGUCUCUCCCCGAGUGCCUGCGCCAAGCCGGAAAGGUCAACAUCCCCUUGGCACUGCGUGUUCAUAAUAAACUCCGAUUUGAAAGAGUGGCUUGUUGUCAAAGACUUGGUUUCAUGAAUCGUGAACUGAUCUUGAAUGUGCGAAGACAGGGAAGUUUGGAGAACCUCGCAAUGAUACAUGGAGACUGGCUGUACAAACAUGACCCAGAAAAGUAUGCUGAGGAGGAGUUUCAGGAAUGCGCUUCCUCUAUCCUGAUGGGCACCCCUUAUAAGGUCAAGAACUCGGUACCCGGCUAUGAAUAUGAGCCAUGGACUGUUGAGGGUCUCAUGGACCUAGCUGAAAGGGGCGUGGAUCUGGAAAAGAUUGUUGGAGGCACGUGGAGAACCUCGAAGCAGCGACAACCUUAA